AUGGGAUUGUCAAGUAACUGUGCUAAGACAAUCAAGAUCCAGCAGUGUGUGAAAUUGCCUGAUUCCAAAUAUCUUCACAUCAACGAUGAGCUUGCUGGGUGCUUUGGUACCGAAGAUCAUGGCGACGGGCGGACGGCCCUCGUUCUCAGUCCGUUCGGCAAGAAUGUCUGGCCUGUCAAGGUCGACCGAGACGCCAAAGGGGCAUUCCUGGGUGAUGGGUGGCCACAGUUUGUUGCCGCGCACGGUAUCGGCGUUGGCUGGUACUUGGUGAUCCGGCAUGAAGGGUGCGGCGUGCUCACUCUAAAGGCGUUCGACGCCAGCUUUGUCAUUAAAGAGUUCGGCCUGACUAUCACUGUUUUGAGCCCAGCCGAGAUUGAGAACGCCUUUGCUCGUAAGCCACAGUUCAUCGUGCCACUCCAGAGAAGUUUCAUGGAAAAGAUGCCUAUUCCUCCCGAGUUUCUGCAACGAGGAUACAUCUCGGAAGAAGACCUGAACAGACCGAGACCGAUCGCCACUUUUUUAACAUCCUGGCAUAUCGAGCUCAAGAAGGAUGGCCCGAAUGUCUUCUUCACUGGUUCCGAAUGGCCAAAGUUUCUGGCCUACUUUGAAAUUGCUGAAACUGAUGUCCUGCUGAUCAAGUAUCAGGGGUGCAUGAACUUCUCAUUCGAGACCUUCCAAAAUGGGAAUAAUGAGCACAUCGAGGAAAAAACAAGCUCGUCUCAGCAAAGCGAGCAAUCACCUGCAGCACAAUGCCAAGAGGAAGAACAUGUUUCCACUCGGAGAAGGACACAAAACAAUGGCAAAACACCUGGAGCACAAAGCCAAGAGGAAGAACAUGUUUGCAGCCGGAAAAGGAAACAAAGCGAAGUCAAAAGCAUGCUAGACGGAUCCACAACUUCACAGCACCGAAAGAAGGCUCUCUGCGAGCUUGGGUCGACGGGGUCGCAGGCUUGGUUAAGGAAGGAGAUCAACGAACUCGCGCUUAAAAGAUAUCUUCAUUUUCCAGCGCGCUUUGGAUUCCUGGAGCGUUGCAAGAUCACGCUCAAGUCCGUGGAGAGGAACAAGUCUUGGGAGGUGGAAGGUGUCAACUACCAUCCAGGCACCAGCAGGUCCUAUAAUUGUCUUACGAGAGGCUGGAAGGCCUUCUGUAAGGAGAACGAGCUCAAGGCAGGAGACAUCUGCACCUUCAAAGUCGUCAACAGCACGCUGUGGCAUGUUGUCAUCGACCACUGCUAG